UAAACAAUAUCAAAGAGCAAUCGUUCUCCGGUUCGGUAGAGUGAGGACGGACUCGCCGGCCGGGCCUGGCAUAAUAUGGGUGUUGCCACUCACAGACAGUUCAAUUCUUAUUGACCUCCGAACGCAGUCCUUCAAUUUACCUUCUCAAGAGGUCCUUACAAGAGAUUCUGUGACUGUAAUUGUGGACGCUGUUGUUUAUUUUCACAUUCAGAAGCCGUUGCAUUGUUUUCUCAAUGUUCAAAAACACUCCCAAGCGACAAAACUUAUAUCGGUCUCUACCCUCCGAAACAUCCUCGGGCAGCACACUUUGUCUGAGCUGUUGUCGGAUCGAGUGAAAAUCAGCCAUUCAGCCAGAAGUGAAAUAGAUAAAAUUACUAACGAAUGGGGCGUCGAAAUGGAGAGAGUGGAUAUAAAAGACGUAAUCCUACCGUUUGAACUGCAAAAAGCUAUGGCAGCUGAGGCUGAAGGAACUAGAGUUGGCAAGGCCAAGGUCAUCGAAGCCGAGGGAGAAAUCAAAGCAGCAGAGAACCUUCGAGAAGCUUCCAGAAUCAUGAUGGAGAACCCACAGACGAUGCUCCUAAGAUAUUUACAAACAUUAAGUUUUAUAGCCGGACAACAAAAAACUUCGAUUGUUUUUCCAUUUCCACUGGAACUGCCCGAACCAGAAAGUAUGAAAAAUGCACGCAGACCAACAGUAUAAGCACAGGUGAUACCUUCGUUGAAAAAUGCCUGGUGCUCUUUUCAAUUCUAAUGGUUAUCAUAACUUUUCCGAUAUCAAUGCUUUGUGUAUUCGUGGUUGUCCGUCACUUCGAAAGAAUAAUAAUUUUACGGAAUGGAAAAAUAUACAAGAACCGUGCCUUUGGACCCGGCCUCGUGUACUUCCUGCCUUGUGUUGAUACAGUGAAAUAUAUUGACCUGCGAAUUGCUUGUUACGUUGUGCCUCCUCAAGAAGCUCUGACGAAGGAUUCCUUGACAGUUUCUGUCGAUGCUGUAGUCUAUUACAAAGUUAUCGACCCAAUACCAGCUGUGAUUAAUGUUGCUGAUUAUAGUGUAUCAACACAGUUACUUGGAGCUACAGCGCUUAGAAACGCGCUGGGAUCUGUGAAAUUAACUGACCUACUAAUAGACAGACCGGCAAUAAGCAAUCAGGUGCUAGAGCAAAUGAAAAAGCUGACCAGUCAAUGGGGAAUCAAGGUCCUUCGAGUUGACAUCAAAGAUAUAAGGCUACCUCUCCAGCUGCAAAAAGCGAUGGCAGCUGAAGCCGAGUCAACUCGUUUGGCUAACGCAAAAAUAAUUGUUGCAAAGGCUGAAAUAGAAGCCACUAAAAACCUUCAGAAAGCCUCUGUGAUACUCUCAGAUAACCCUUUGUCCAUGCAGCUGAGAUAUUUACAAUCAUUGCACUUGAUUGCGGGGGAGAACGCCCACACCAUCGUGUUUCCAUUUUCAACUGAAACUCUGCGAAAAAUAUUCAAAUGAUGUUUUAUGUAAUUCCAGUGUUUUGUGAGUCGAUGAUUUCGGAAAUAAAAUUGCAAAAUGAUCAA